GAAGAAGAAGCAAAGCGAAAACAAAAAUUGGGCAUUGUUGUAAUUGUGGACAUGGAGCAUUUCAGUCCUGAGCUUCUACACCCGCCUACCUUUCGCAUUUACUUGUGGUUGUUAUCACGUAUCCAGGAGCUGUUUCCGGAUCUGGUGCGCAAAAUUUAUCUUAUCAAUUGCCCGGCAAUUAUCGCCAGCAUCUAUGCGCUCGUGAAGGGUGUUCUAGCUGAACAAACUCGCCAAAAGAUCGUUUUCACUGACCAAGACUGGAGGCAAACAUUAUGCGACGAUCUCGGCAAGGAGAAUAUUCUGAGGCCCUGGGGCGGCGACAAAAUUUCCAAGAUAACUCCAGUUGGAUCGAUUCGAAUGGGCGGAGAUGUGCCCAAGCAUCUCAGGUACAAAAUUCAAAAUCACACCUUCGAAGAGCAGCUCAAUAAAGUGGUUGUCGGUGCACGUGCAUCAACCUCUGUUGAAGUAUCAGUUACCGAAGAAGGUACCUGUCUGAAAUGGUUUUUUAAACUGUCUCAUGGCGAUAUCGAUUUCAAAAUUGUCAAAGACGACCGGGAGGUAUGCGUUUUUAUUCAAACUUGCAUGAGGACAAAUACGUAUGAGGCCCGUGAACGGUAG